CCAAGAUGGAGUAUGAGUGGAAACCAGACGAGCAAGGACUUCAACAAAUUUUACAGCUUCUGAAAGAGUCCCAGUCUCCCGAUACGUCCACUCAAAGAUCCGUCCAACAAAAACUGGAACAAUUAAACCAGUAUCCCGACUUCAACAACUACUUGAUAUUUGUGCUCACAAAGUUAAAAUCUGAAGAUGAGCCCACGAGGUCCCUGAGCGGUCUGAUCCUGAAGAACAAUGUCAAGGCGCACUACCAGAACUUCCCCAACGGCGUGUCGGACUUCAUCAAGAACGAGUGCCUGCAGAACAUCGGUGACUCCUCCCCGCUCAUCCGAGCCACCGUGGGUAUUUUGAUCACGACCAUCGCCUCGAAGGGCGAGCUGCAGAACUGGCCGGAGCUGCUGCCCAAGUUAUGCAGUCUACUGGAUUCCCAGGACUACAAUACGUGCGAGGGGGCAUUCGGAGCGCUCCAGAAAAUAUGCGAGGACUCGGCCGAAAUCCUGGACAGCGACAUCCUGGACCGACCCCUGAACAUCAUGAUCCCCAAGUUCCUGCAGUUCUUCAAGCACAGCAGCCCCAAAAUAAGGUCCCACGCCAUCGCCUGCGUCAACCAGUUCAUCAUCAGCCGGACCCAGGCGCUCAUGCUCCACAUCGAUGCUUUCAUCGAGAACCUGUUUGCGCUGGCCGGCGACGAGGAGCCCGAGGUGAGGAAGAACGUGUGCCGGGCCCUGGUCAUGCUGCUGGAAGUCCGAAUGGACCGCCUGCUCCCGCACAUGCACAACAUCAUCGAGUACAUGCUGCAGCGCACGCAGGAUCAGGACGAGAACGUGGCGCUGGAGGCCUGCGAGUUCUGGCUGACGCUGGCGGAACAGCCCGUGUGCAAGGACGUGCUGUGCGGACACCUCUCCAAGUUAAUUCCAGUUCUUGUUAACGGGAUGAAGUAUUCUGAAAUCGACAUCAUUCUUCUCAAGGGCGACGUGGAGGAGGACGAAGCGAUCCCGGACAACGAGCAGGACAUCCGGCCGCGGUUCCACCGCUCCCGGACGGUGGCCCAGCAGCACGAGGCCGACGGCAUCGAGGAGGACGAGGAUGACGACGACGACCUGGACGACGACGACACCAUCUCUGACUGGAACUUGCGGAAGUGCUCUGCGGCCGCGCUCGAUGUCCUGGCCAACGUUUUCCGGGACGACCUCCUGCUCCACAUCCUGCCCCUGCUGAAGGAGCUGCUCUUCCACCCCGAGUGGGUCAUCAAGGAGUCGGGCAUCCUGGUGCUGGGUGCCAUCGCUGAAGGCUGCAUGCAGGGCAUGAUCCCGUACCUCCCGGAGCUCAUCCCCCACCUGGUCCAGUGUCUCUCGGACAAGAAGGCGCUGGUGCGCUCCAUCACCUGCUGGACGCUCAGCCGCUACGCACACUGGGUGGUCAGCCAGCCGCCCGACACCUACCUGAAGCCCCUGAUGACGGAGCUGCUAAAACGCAUCCUGGACAGCAACAAGCGGGUCCAGGAGGCCGCCUGCAGUGCCUUUGCAACUCUGGAGGAGGAGGCUUGCACUGAGCUGGUGCCCUACCUCGCCUACAUCCUGGACACCCUCGUCUUUGCCUUCAGCAAGUACCAGCACAAGAACCUGCUCAUCCUAUACGACGCCAUUGGGACCCUGGCCGACUCCGUCGGGCAUCACCUCAACAAACCGGAGUAUAUCCAGAUGCUGAUGCCUCCUCUGAUACAGAAAUGGAACCAGCUGAAGGAUGAAGACAAGGAUCUGUUCCCCUUACUCGAGUGCCUAUCCUCCGUGGCCACUGCCCUGCAGUCUGGCUUUCUCCCAUACUGUGAGCCCGUGUACCAGCGUUGCGUUAACCUGGUGCAGAAGACCCUCGCCCAGGCCAUGCUCCAUAACUCGCAGCCCGACCAAUACGAAGCGCCAGACAAAGAUUUCAUGAUUGUAGCCCUGGACCUGCUGAGCGGCCUGGCGGAAGGGCUGGGAGGGAACAUCGAGCAGCUGGUGGCGCGCAGCAACAUCCUCACGCUAAUGUACCAGUGCAUGCAGGACAAAAUGCCGGAGGUGCGGCAGAGUUCAUUUGCCUUGCUGGGUGAUUUAACCAAGGCAUGCUUUCAGCACGUAAAGCCAUGUAUCGCGGAUUUUAUGCCUAUCCUGGGUACUAAUCUCAACCCAGAAUUAAUUUCAGUGUGCAACAAUGCAACAUGGGCAAUUGGAGAGAUAUCUAUUCAAAUGGGCGCUGAAAUGCAGCCCUACAUAGCCAUGGUGUUGCACCAGCUGGUGGAGAUCAUUAACAGACCAAAUACUCCCAAGACAUUGUUGGAAAACACAGCAAUAACAAUUGGUCGUCUUGGUUACGUUUGUCCUCAAGAGGUGGCUCCCAUGCUACAGCAGUUUAUAAGACCCUGGUGCACCUCUCUACGUAACAUAAGAGACAAUGAGGAGAAAGAUUCUGCAUUUCGAGGAAUCUGCACAAUGAUCAGUGUCAAUCCAGGAGGAGUGGUACAGGACUUUAUAUUUUUCUGUGAUGCAGUCGCCUCUUGGGUGAAUCCAAAGGAUGAUCUACGAGACAUGUUCUGUAAGAUCCUCCAUGGAUUUAAGAACCAGGUGGGAGAUGAGAACUGGAGGAGAUUCUCAGACCAGUUCCCCCUGCCCUUGAAGGAGCGUCUGGCAGCCUUUUAUGGAGUGUAAGCACUCAGUCAGUGGGAGCAGGUCUGUCCUGGGGGUUAUUCACUGUGGGAGACAACGGGGAGCCUCUAGACCCAGGGAAAACGUUACCCUUUACUGGGGGGAAGGGUAGACCAGUGGGGGUGGGGGGACUCAGUGCCGUCCCCACCCCUCUGGGCGGGGUGGGAGGGAGGUGUUGGCCGUGGUGCUGUUCACAUAGACAGGUGAACAACAACCGCCCGGCCAAAUUUCGAGGGAGGAUAAUUUGAUCUUUUCACAACUCAAAUCAGAAAUGAAGAGGCAAACACAGAUUUUUUUUUCAUCCAGUUAUAAUGCAAAUCUGUGCAUCAAUCAUGAAAGGAAGAAAAAAAAAAACGACAAACCUCUGGGAAACCUUUUAAUUUUGUUAGUAGUAAAAUACUGGGUUUAAAAUUAAUAGGGGGUGCAGAGAAAGACAAUUUUAGCACAGUGAAAGAGGUUUAAGAUGGGGCUUCGAAAUCUAUAAGAGUCAGAGCAUACAGUACGUAAGGACAUAGGCAUGGAGUAAAACUAGACAAUUGCAUGAUAAAUGAAGAAUACACAAUGAAGCAAUGGUCUCUCAAGUAACCUUAUGUGUCUUCAGCAGACAGCUGCUAGAAGAUGAAGAGCAGUAGAUGGUGGUUAAGCAAAUGCUAGAACUAUCAUAUUCAAGACAGACAGUCUAACCAACAGCCUGAGUAGUCAGUCAGUUCUCCACUUCUGCAUAUCACGGGAAUAAAACCCAUCUUCAUAUCUUCACUAACCAAAUCGAAUAAUGGAAACUGGGUUUCAGACAGCGCGUUCUGAAUAUUUCUUGUAGCGGGUCGGAGGCUGUAGGCACGUACAGCUUGACAAAUGUCACGCAAGUGCAUUUGGUUUUAUUUGUUGUGGUGGAAAGUCGUCUUAAAGAAAAGUAGCAUGCUUGCAUCAAAGUGGGGAUGGAAUACAUCUACAGUAAUGUGUUGCACCAGGUUUUGUGUUUCAUAGCCCUGUAUUAAGAUACUACAACUUUUUUUUUUCUUUUGCAGUAGAACUCCUGAUUUCUGUUAAGGAUAGGUUUAAGUACAGUAGUUCCGGUAAGGCCUUGAGAUAUCUGUAGGAAUUAGCCUAGGACUAAGGUUGAUAAUAGUGUCUGUAAACCUGCACAUUGUGGGAAGCCGAUAUACCUGUGCAAACUUUGCUUCUGUGCUGUCAAUGUGAUGUGCUUUCUGCAUGGACAUAUACUAGUGAAUAUACCAGACUUUCUGAGACUAUACAAGCCGUGUGGUAAGGAGAUCUGCAAAGGGCUUUGUUGAGCAUUAGGCGGCACCUAAGGGCAAUGGUCAAAGUCUGUUUGCUGUUCUUGGUGGUCAAUCCCCACUCAACGUUAUUUUCAUUUUCUUAUUAUUUUUCUUGUUCAAAGCAUGAUCUUAAGGAUGCUUAUAAUUAUUUUUUUAUGGAUGUAAUAAGCAGGGUACUCCGAAACUUGAUCCGCGCAUGUUGGUGGCCCUUACUACCCUAAGUAGAUGAAUGGGUACUGUGUAGAAGAAGGCGGACUGUGAUCCUCCAUUACCUACCUAUUUGGCUUAUUGACUUCUCAACUCUUUCAAGUCUAUGUUGUGAGAGUAACCCCUCCCCUACCCCCUUGUUUAUUUAACCUUUUCCCCUCUCCCUAAUGUGUAUUUUGCUACAUUGUUUAAUACUGUGAACUUGGGACAAAAUAGAUCUGGUACUCUUGAUGUGUUUUGUUUUGAUUCUUCAAAGUGCGAGUCUUGGAUUCUUAGAUUGUCUGACUGUAUCCCAUGAUGAAUAAGGGUUGGGCUUUUUUUUCCCAACCAAUGAAAUCGCUCUGCUGGUCAGAGUGUGGCCUGCAGUUUUGUCCCCCUCAAGGCACACGGACAUGUACAAAAAAAAAGAGGCAUACAUAAAACGCAUACACCUCUGAAGCCAUAGCAGCCUCCUGCAAACCGAUAGGUGUCCCGUGCUAACGCUUGAGUCCGAUUCCACUAAUCUGACGGAUCUUUGCAUGUUCCUGUUCUGUGUGUUACUGGUGAAUGGCAUAACAUGUUGCACUGACUAUAUUAACUGCACGUGAGGAGUGUGUGUGUCUGUGUCUGUGUCUGUGCGCGCGUGUGUGUCUGUGUGUGACCUCUUUAGGGAAUAUUUUACAUUUUCUUUUUUAAGAAAGAUGCUUUUGAAUGCAUGAGAGCAUGCUCUUUUUUCCACAUUCCUCAUUUUUCUCAUCUUGCAAGACAUUAUGCCUUCACCGACCACUGGUGCAUACUGUACUUCACAUAUAUUGAGGCGAAACCUGAUACAGAAACAUACUUGUGCCUCUCUAAUAGAUAUACACCUGACUGUUGUAUGUGGCUACAGCUUUCAUUACUUGUAUGUCACCUCUUUUAAGUGACAAUUUCAACAUCAUUUGUCUUUUCCCCGAGAAAUGGCUUACUGCAGUCUAAUAAUCACUCACCAUUGGAAUCGGAUGACAAACUUUAAACCUUCAUUCCCUCUUUGUACAUUAGUCGAAGUGUAAGCAACCACUUAAAAGGAGGGUUUUCAUGACUGAAUAAGUGCAAUCAAUACCUUGGUAAAUUUAAAGGAUUACAGACUAUAUUGUAAUUGACUUCCAAAAGGGGAAGAAAAUCAAAGAGGAAAAAAAUGACGCAUUGCUCAAUGCGAAAUUCAGUGUAUUUGAGACUAAAAUUAGUCGACUUAAGUAUUUAUUGUUAUUUAUUUUAAAACCGACGUUUUGUUUAUCUGCCUUAGGUAACGAAUCACUUGAAAGAAUGGACAGUACAAUGGCAAAAACUGAAAAAUAUUGACAUCAUGGGAUAUAUGAAGCACCCCGUCUCUGUGGUUUUCAUGUUUUAUGUGCUGCGUGAAUGUCUCUGAAGUUGUGAUACUUUUGUCUUGUCACAUUCCAGCUGUUUGGCAUGCUAAAAGCACGGCUUAAUUUGUCUGCUACUAUCACACUGAAUAAAUUGCUGUUGGUGUCCUGUCUUACAGAUAUGGCCGCUGCUAAGUGAUCAUGUAGUUUUCUACUUGAAUAUUUUUUUUUUUGUUGUAGAAACCUCAGGAGGUCCGUGUUUACUGUUAUUUUUAUAUGUAUGCCUUUUUCCAUUUGAGCUUCCCUUCUGAAGGACUCUAACAAUAAUAGACUAAAAGCAACUCCUGUUCAACCCUGAAAGAACUUUUACUCAGAUGUUCAUUUUGGUAACUUUCCUGUCACAGGGAAAGGCAAGUGUAGCAUCCAGAUAAACAUAUGUAACUGGCUUUAUUGGGCAGGAAAAUGCCAGGCGGCAGUAAAGAGGUGAACACUCUUGAUGUUUUAGUGUCAAGAUUACGCGUAAUUACUCACGCCCAAAUCAUAACUUAAAAAUCAGCUGAAUAAAUCUGGCAUGAAUUAGCAGGGGGGAAUGUGACUUUGACUCAUUGUUAUAAAAAAAAGUGCAGUAUUUACUUUGAUGCCUUGAAAAUCAGCUGGGUACUUCAACUGGCAAUGGUAUUGGCUGGUUAAAAGAAAACAAUGCACAUUGCACACCGGGCACAUUUGCUCUAGCCCGAUUAGAACUGGGGUUGAAGAAGAGGCUUUUCUUAGGAAAAAGAGAUUGAAUAAUUAAAAAAAAAAGCUUUAUGAAACUCAUACAAGUUUCCUAAUACAGCACCAACUACUGUAAUGUUAGAAUGUUUCCUUCAAAAAACAUCCUCCAGCAAUCUUCUCUAGCUGUGUAUACUUGACUAGUAUUUCUUGAAGUCUGCCUUCACACUUUCGCUAACAUGAGAGAACUUCAUUUUGAAUAGUAAUAUGGUUUUAAUUUUUUGAUAAGCUGCUGAAUUUUAAGGAAAAAAAAUUUUGGGGCCACCAAAUAUUUUGGA